UUCGCAGAAAGGGGACCCGAGGGCUGGGACAAGCCGCGGAUUAGUAAUUAUCACUUUAUAUUCAGUUCUAGAAAGUACAAACUAUGUCAUGACAUUUCGGCGACAUGUAGUAUAUUCGACAGGGACGGAGGAAACCUGUGUUUUAGAAUUGCUUAGUCAAGGUGAACGACAGGUGGAAAAUAAAGGCGGUGCGUGCAAGGCUCCCACGCCACGAUCGAUUAGCAAGGUUAAGAAGAGGAGGGCACCGGACAGCGACUUACCUUUUCCUUUUCCCGAGGAAUGUGAUUUGAUUCUGUGGAUCUGCGACGCAUGAAGCGUCCCCGGGAAAUCUGUUUUAUGUGAGGACGUUACGGGUCAAUGAUUUCUCCGAAGUGAUGAACUUUGUAUCCGUGAGACAGAGAUCCGCGUCCCCGCGAAAAUUUGCUCCUGUUGCAUUUUCAUGGAGGAGUGAUUUCGUUGCAGUUCGGGAGAGUGUUUUAUACCGUUUUUGCAAUGGGCUUGACUGUGAUUCACUUUGGGUGACCCAAGUGAAAGACAAAAAAUAACUGGAAUUACUUGGUUGCUAUCAUUUGAAAAUAAGUUGUCUCGUUUUGUAUUCUGACCCGGGUUCGCAAUGGAGAACAAAGCAAACGGGACUCGUUCGGCGAAGCACAAUCCUGGCACCAGCAGUGCAAAAGAGCGAGUUCAGAGGGUGGACCCGUAUGGCUUCGAAAGGUCAGAGGACUUUGAUUACGAGUCGUAUGAGGAGCUGAUGUCUGAGUACCUGGUCGUACUCACCAGGAGGUCCAUAAAGUGGUCUAAACUCCUGCAGGGGAGAAGCAAGGUGGAGAGGAGCCUCAAGGUGAAACGUUAUGUACGGAAGGGUAUUCCUAACGAGCACCGUGCCCUGAUCUGGAUGAUAGCCAGCGGGGCCCAGGAUCAGAUGGAGAAGAACCCAGGAUACUACCAGAAGCUGCUGGAAUCCGAGCAUGACGACAAGCUGCUGGAGACCAUCCGCACAGACAUGCACAGGACCUUCCCAGACAAUGUUCAGUUCCGCAAGACCUCUGACCCCUGCCUACAGAAGGCCCUGUUCAAUGUGUUGGUGGCCUAUGGACACCACAACAAGGCUGUUGGAUACUGCCAGGGCAUGAAUUUCAUCUCAGGAUACCUCAUCAUCAUUACUAAAGAUGAGGAGAAGUCCUUCUGGCUGCUAGAUGCUCUGCUGGGUAGGAUACUACCUGAUUACUACACCCCCGCCAUGCUGGGGCUGAAGACGGACCAAGAGGUUCUGGGGGAGCUGGUGCGGGCGAAGGUUCCGGCCGUGUGGCAGGCCAUGACGGAGCACAACGUCAUGUGGACCCUGGUUGUGUCACGCUGGUUCAUCUGCCUGUUCAUCGACAUACUGCCUGUGGAGACGGUGUUGCGUAUUUGGGACUGUCUUUUCUAUGAGGGCUCCAAAAUCAUUUUCCGUGUGGCACUGACGCUCAUCAAGCACAACCAGAUGCACAUCCUGCAGGCCAGGAACUUCCCUGACAUAUGCGACCGCUUCAAGGAUGUCACCAAGGGGGCCUUUGUGGAGGACUGCCACAGCUUCAUGCAGAAAAUCUUCACUGAGCCUGGGAGGCUGUCCAUGGCGAUGAUCACUAAGCUAAGGGAGACAUGCCGGGCACAAAUUGUGGCUCAGGAAUCAUGACCUCACCCCCACCACCUACCCCACCCCCCACCACCAUCUCCUCAA